GCGCUCGCGAUCCUGGAGGACGAGUUGGCACGCAUCAGCCUCAAGCUCAAUUUGGACAAGAGCGCGGCGUACAUCCCGGAGCGGAGCGUGAACGGGCUCGGGACGGACCCAGCCAUCACCAAGCUGAAGCAGGUGGAAGGCGGUCUGCCUGCUUUGGGCAGCGCAUUCGGUGGGGAGUUCGAGACCGAGCUCGGCGUGUACUCGGUGGCAGCGCAGCCGGCGUUACGACGACUUGCCUCGGCGCGGCACUUGGCCAAGGAGUGCGCUCGCUUCAGAGGGGAAGGCCGCGAGGAGGCGUCUUGGCAGGCAGCGUGGCAUGUCCUCCACCGGGUGGCGUCGAAGGCCCUCGUGUACGACGUCCGCACCCUGGAGCCCGAGGUCAGCCUGCCAUUGGCGGAAGAGCUGGACGCCGUCAUCAACGACUCUGCCCGGGCGCUCUUGGGAGUGCAAGCCGACGACGGGUGGACAAACGACACGUCCAUGCAGCUGCACUGGCCGUCGGUGCUCGGCGGCAUGGGCUUUGGGUCAGCGACGCUGGGGGCGAGGCUGGGGCGACUAGCGGCGCUCGGACAAUGCCUGCCGGUUGCGAGGCAGCACCUGCGAGCGCUGCUGCCAGACGCCGCGGAGGAGGACAUCCUGAACGCAAUCCCGCUCGACGGUGCCGAGCGCAUGCUGGACUGGCUGAAGGAAACGCACGGCAUCGAAUUGAGCGUUUCGGGUACCAUUGCCCGGGAGUCCGAGCCUCGAUGGAACCUGAGGGCGCGUUUUGACCCGAUCCGGGGGCUGUACAGCACGGUGUCCAAGGUGGCGCAGGAGGCGCAAAGGGCGGACAUGCUUGCCAGACACUCGGCGGCAGAGCAGGCCAGCCAGCGCGAGGGUGCCAACGCUGCCAGGCGCGACCCUGCCGAGAGCGAGCGCCUCAAGAGCAAAGAGGCUACGAUGUGUGGCAAGCCGUGCGACCGCCUCGGCGACCAUGCGCAGCUCUGCGGCGUCGGCAGGGGCCGCUACAGAGUGCACAAUGCUGUCGCCGCCUGCCUCCGGCGCUUCGCGAUGCAGAGCGGCGUGGAGGCGGAGACGGAGGAAGUCUGCCCGCCGCUCUUGCAGGGCGAGCCAGGGGCCGAGGAUGCGGUGGAGGCCCGUCUCGACGUCCACCUGUGGGGGCACGGGCCCGAGCUGCAUGAGGACUGGGUGGACGCCACCGUCACGAACCCGUUCAGGCUGGAGCGGCGGCGCCAGGCAGCCCAGGAGGACGCCCACGGCGCGCUGACCGCGGAGAAGGCCAAAUUCAAGAGGUAUGGCGAGGGCCGGGGAGGAGUUGCAGUCUCCCCCGUUGGCUUGGAGGCUUGGGGCCGCUUUGGCCCCCACGCCCUCGCAGUCCUCGAGAAGCUGGCACUGCAGCGGUCCUCGCGCGGCGGCGGCCCUCCGGCGCGCUGUCUGCAGCGGUGGCGCGCUGAGAUCGGCGCGGCGACGAUCCGCGCGCUGGCCGAGACCGCGUCGAGCGCCACCAGGGAGAGGGAG